AUGGAGACCGGAGACAGUAGCAAUACUGGGCAGUCAGCCCAUACUGGUGCUAACACACAACAGCACCCGAGGCAGAGAGAGGCAGCUGGAGACAACCCUAGAGUUCGUGCUGACCCCCCAAAUCCAAAUGUUCAGAUUCAGGCACAGAACUUCAGGGCUGGUCCAAACCCAAAUAUCAAUGUUGGGGGAGGAUUGGGUGCUCAAUUCAUGCAGCAACAGCCUGUGUACCAGCAACCAGGCUAUGGGAAUAAUCAGUUUGGAGGAUCUCGGGUUGAGGACCCGAAAACCCACAUAGUUCAUUUUGACCGUAUCUGCCAGACCAUCAAGAUGAAUGGUGUUCCUAGUGAGGCAAUCAAGCUGAGACUGUUUCCUUUUUCCCUGAGAAAUCAAGCACAGCGUUGGUUGAAUUCCUUUCCAGCCAACCACUUCAUUACAUGGGAACAACUCCACAAGGCUUUCAUGCAGGAGUACUGUCUUCCUUCCAAGGCUGCCAAGUUAAAGAAGCAAAUUCAGAAUUUUCAACAGUUUGGCAAUGAAGAUCUUCCUGAUGCUUGGGCGAGAUUUAAAGAAUUGAGGAAGCAGUGCCCGAAGAAUUUGAUGACCCCAGGUGAUUUUAUGUCCUCAUUCUAUGAGGGAUUGUCUAACCGGUCAAAGAUUAUUCUAGAUACCUCAUCCUUUGGGGGUGUUUUCAUUGAUAUGGGACCGGCAGCUGGAGAGCAGUUGAUUGAGAGAAUCACCUCUAACAAUACUUACUGGUACACUGAGGGGGAUGAUAUACCCAAGAGAGAGAAGGCAGCUGGGAUGUUCGAAGUUGGAGAGAAGAUGGCAAUGCAGGCUCAGCUGGAUACUAUACAACACAUGCUAAAGCAGUUAGUACAGAGCCCUACUCAGAGUGUCCAGGCAGUUGCUCUGCCUCCACUGAUUCCACAGAAUCCUUAUGUUCCUAACCCCUAUUAUGUGCCACAGGUACCUCUUGUAGCCUGUUGUGCAACUUGUGGUGGAAAUCAUGUAGCUCAGACAUGUCCUUUGUUAGACUUCGGUAACCAAAUUCCUCAGCCUAAUUUGGAGCAAGUUGAUCUCAUUGGUUAUUCUAGACCACAAGGCCAGGGGCAGGGUUAUGGGAACUACCAGCAGCAAGGAAGGAAUCAGGUUGUUCCCUCUUGGAACAAUCAGGGAAAUCAAGUGAGAAACAAUCCACCAGGAUUUCAUGGUAACCAAGGGAAUAGGGGUGAAAACCAAGUCCUGUGGAGAAACAAUCAGAAUUUUGGGCAGAAUACCCAGAAUGUACCUCAAGGGCAGUUCCAGCAAGGGAAUCAGAAUUUUGGGACCACUCAGGGUCAAGGUUCCUCUAGACCAUCUCAGGAUGUUGAUAUACAGCUUCUCAUGAACACUAUGAUGGCUCAGUUUGGCAAGCUACAAGCAGAACAUCUUCAGCUUUUUGGCAAACUGCAAGUAGAAAUAGAUGGUCUCAAGGCUCAGCAACAAGGAGGAGUGCCUGAGAAAGCUGAUAAGAAGGAUGAGGGUGUUCAGGUUGAGGAUGUUCUUGAUGAUAGUGAGGAGGAGCCUGUGGUGCAGGGAGAUAGUGUUAAGGAGAAAGUUCCUGAGCAGAAUGAGAGUGCUCCAAGUAAGAAGUAUGAAAGGAAGAACAAGAAAGUAGAUGACUCGGUUAUACCUUACAACCUGUUACCAUAUCCACAGAGGUUGUGGAAAUCAAAGGAGUCUGAUAGAGAGAGCAAGUUCCAUAAGAUGUUGGAUAAGCUGGAGAUCUCCAUGCCUUUUGUUGAAGCAAUCACUCAGAUUCCAUCGUACAAGAAGUUUCUGAAGAAUAUUUUGGGCAAUAAGAAAAAGCCAGAGAAGAGUGCGGUGGUGGAUCUGAGCGAAGGAGCCUUGACCUGUGCAGUUCUUCAACAUAAACUUCCUCCUAAGAUGAAAGGCCCAGGUAGUUUUUCCAUCCCUUGCAUCAUUGGUGGAUUUGUAGUUGGUGGUGCUCUGUGCGAUCUGGGUGCCAGUGUUAGUCUUAUGCCAUAUUCUUUAUGUAAGAGACUCAACCUGGGAACACCAAAGCCCACUUCUAUGACCCUACAGAUGGCGGAUCGCUCCAUAAAGCGUCCGGUGGGAGUUCUAGAGGAUGUCCCGGUCAUGAUUGAUCAGUAUUUUAUACCAGGGGAUUUUGUUGUACUGGAUAUAGAGGAGGAUGCCAAGGUUCCUAUUAUACUUGGUAGACCUUUUCUAGCUACUGCUGGUGCACUUAUUGAUGUGAGAAGAGGAAAACUAGUGAUGGAGGUGGCUGAGAACAAGAUUGAGUUUGACAUAUUCAAAAUGGCGAAACACCAGCCCUCGUAUGUUGAUGAAUGUUACUUGAUAGAAGGGCUGGGUGAUGGCAUUGCUGAGAGUAGAAAGAUUGAGUUAGGGGAUUUGCAUGAUUCCCUUAUUGAUCCUGGACCCCCUGAACUGUCAAGUGUGCUGAAACAAAAGAAAAAGUUCUCUGGUUCUGGUGGUUUCUACAAAAGAUGGAUGAGGGAGCUGUCUAAGUUCAAAAGGCCACCGGAUCGCGUGGUCCACAAUCCUACCUGA